AUGGCGUCUCCCGUACCGCUGAAUCUGUUUCCUCUCCUCCAUGCCAUCGGCAACACUCCUGCUGUUUGUCUGACUCAAGAUAUCCCUGGUGACGAGCCUGCAAGCUUGCUGUUGCUUGGUUGCGGCGAUGUUCGACAUAUCUUGUUCACCAGCUAUAUGAACAGUUCAUCAGGUGAUAUCCAGGGCUGCUGGCAAUCCCGGAAUGUUUUACUCCUUACUCUGGUUGUGGAUAACAAUGAAGGCGUGGAUGUCUCAAUAUUGUGGGAUAUCUACUAUCAUCUGUUCGUUGAUGACAAGUCGCUCAGCGUUCUUGAAUCCCAAGUAAACAAGCUGUAUCGUUUGUCAACUUCUCUGAGGCAUUGGCAUAAAACCAAGUACGGGCGUUUUCUGAGAUUCUGUGACUCAAAGACUCUUGCUCUUGUGAGAGAUGUCUGGUAUUCAUAUAUACAUGUCUCAGACAAGGCCGCCUACACGACUAGUUUCCGAAACGCAAUCCAAACAUGUCUUGAUGUCAAAGCUGUAGCAUCGGGAAGCGGGAUAGACUUGAGUGGAGUCCGAUCUGCUGCCCCAAACGGAGUUCAAGCUCUUAAAGAUAUUCCCAGUUUGCAUGCUCGCUACUGGAAGAAUGGGACCACAUCCAGUGGCUCCAAAGCUGCAAAUGUUCACCCGAACCCAACACUAGCACCUUUAGAAAAUGGAUCUUCUCUGCUUCAUUACGCCACGGAUCCCUUACUAGGAUUCCACCUAGUAACCGCCUAUACACCGGUGGAACCGGAAUCUCCGUUUUAUCGCGAGCAAACGGCUCAUGCCAAUGCCCAGAACGCAGUCGAAACGGCUCGACUUCAGUUCAAUACCUGGUGUCAGGCUUUUAAAAGUGAUCACAAAUCCGUGACCGUGCGUUUUUUCGCAGGAGAGGCUCUCACCUUCUGCCAUACCAUGCAGCAUCUGGAGGCCACCAAAGAAACUUCUGCAAAUUUGUUCCGGAGUUUUUACCAGUUCGAUAUUUUCUCCCUGGAUGGCGAGGAUUACGCGCUGAACGGCGUAGCUCCUUUAGCUUUCGACGUUAUAGAUACGUCCAACCUCAUCGACUUCCUUGGUGGAAUCAACCUCUUCAUUGCUACAAGCCCAUUGUUGCGCAAGAAGGCAUCAUCCACUCUCUAUGCCGAAUCAUUGGUCAAGUAUGUGCCUGAUGUAGACGUAUUAUUAGAGGAUCUUUUCGCGGGCCAUUUCCCGACACUGUCGAUACUGCUGGGUGUAUUCCCAAUCCAAUACUGGACAAAUGCCUCAGCCGUUGCAAAUUCUGAGGAGCAGUUGAUGCUCGAUCUCCAUAAAUCUCCCACGGGACACGGCCUCAAUACCCGAAAUAUGUACAACAGAACAUUGUGGAAAUAUCAAUCGCCCAUCUGGUUAGAUUCACCAGAAGGUAGCAGCUGCCCUUUAAUCAAGUUCGAGCCGGACAAUUUGGCUUUGGUUCUGUUCGGGAUCUACCUCAAAAUGUUUAUGAAUGAAGACGUGAAGCUGAUCUUGGCCAAUCCAAAUCGUGAAAUGAUACAGAGGAACUCCUGCAUUCGUUACCACCGGGGAAGCUUUGCCCGGUUUCUUUCGUUUAUCAAAAGCCGCGUGAUCGCUGACUGGGAUAGAACCAUCUCAACCCUGAUCACCUUGAUUGAGAAAGAUAAGAUUCUCGUGGUUGGGCAGAACUUCCUCCACGAGUUAUACUCACAACUCCAUAUCCUUGGUGUGUAUUCCGAUCCCGCAUUUGCCAAAGAACUCAAAUACGACAGAACCACCAAUGAUUUCCGUGCUUGGAAGAAACUACCAGAGUUGGUUUCAAUUACGGUAGAAAUUCCAAGGGCAAAACUCUCUAUUUUCACCAAGAUCCCUCGCGUUAAACUAGGAAAACCAUAUAUGAACGGAUUUGUUCAAUCAAAGCAGAUGGUUUGGCAGAGCCUUUUCGCAGUUGUACAACUCGGAUUUGGACGAAUUAUCGCCUCAGGGGAACGCAGCAAUGACAGUUUUGCCGUAACUAUUGUUGAAGACCAUAGCGGGUGGAAAGGGAAGAGUCCCCUUAUCAUAUCUUUCGUCGUUCCGUCAGCGAUCCUGCUCGCGGAGCCAGACAGUACGACAGUUGGAAUGUCGCUUUACCACACGCCGACUACCGCCUUGGCUUUUGCGAACACAUUAGGGGUGGAACUAAUUGUCUUUGCAAGUGACCUUGGGAACGAAUCCUCAGUAUAUGUUUCAAAGCAACGCCCUAACAACGCCGUAAUUCCGCGCAUAUCCAAACCCUCAAGUUUCGGAGAGGAGCCAGAGAAAAUCCCGGCAAGUUCCUAUCAUGUCACACUAACAGCGAUCAUCGACGUUGAAAAGAAAAUAAUUGAUGGAUUCACCGCUCAUAUUGCUUUUCUCGCUGAAGAAGCAAAAGGAAUGCUGAAAGCGCCAGAAUGUGAUCGAACUUCGCCAAAUCUCGGCUUGCUCCCUGUGUUUGAUUAUAGAAAGACAAUCUUUGGAGAUUGUGAUAAAUUUUCCAGCUCCGGUCCAAAGAGCGAACAAGAGCCGCACGAUUCGGAUUGCGAGAACCCCACCCGUUGCGGAGAUCAUGACAGCAGAGUAUGUUUCAAAGACACCUUGUUUUCUAUGUACAUGUCGUUCGCCAGGGUCCAGGGACAGAAGACCAAGGUAUUUGGGAUAAAUUGUGUGCAUAUCGGAUUGCAGCUAUUGUUUUUCCGCUCCGCUGUUCGCAUUGACAUGUCCAACCGCACGCUGGCUCUUGAUGUUGCGAUUAUCCCCCUACCUCUGGACAUGGGAAAGCCAAUGCGUGAUUUCAUCACGCAGAUAGACAAGGACGAGUCGAUCACCAUGCUCAUUGAACCGGACGAAUUAAAAUUAUGGAAACGCAUCUUGCCCGCGUUUGUCGAACGCUGCAGGGAGUGGAAGCACAAAGCUACUUGUGAGUAUAAAGCUAAGGCUCGAAUUCCGCUAUCCGUCGACUUUCGCCAACCAGUGCUUUGUACGUGUGGUAAUGGGAUUUUCCCGCCAAAUUUUAUUCCCGACUGCCCGAAGUGGGAGACCUUUUCCCAAAAUGCUGUUCGCGGUUUGAUACCACUUCUGUUCACCCUGCCGUACGUUGAUCCCAAAGAUAGUUUGGACGAAGAGACAAAAGCGAGAUUGAAUCGGUGUGAAGCGUGUGGUGCGGAGAAGUCUGUAAAUGGCCGUGCUUUAUUGUCAUGUUCGCAAUGUCACCUGGUGAGGUACUGCUCACCGAAGUGCCAGCGUACACAUUGGAAGGUCCAUAGAAAGAGUUGCUUGGGGAAGAGUGGUGGAAAUCCUAUCCGUAAAUGA